CGAGACUCUAAGCUCACAAGGAGAAAGGCUGCAGCCUGCAUGGCGUUGCAUUGCGAUGGUUACACAUAGAGUAUCAUUUUUGAGGUUCUUCUAGUUGAAAGUGCAAUAAACCAAAAGAUCAAAUGCCGCCAUACGCCCCCGCGCCUGAUGAAAAGGGGUUUCCAAUGUGCAUAAUGCAUGGUCAUCUCACAGCCCUGCCUGGAGCGCAUAUUUACUAUUAUGGGAUGGAUGCAUGAAUAUGACUCGGUAUAGAGUUGAUUAGGGGAUAAUAUUAGUGCAAGUCUGGCGGGGAGUGUUCAAAGUUCAAAGCAGCCAGUAAUUAUAAAUGUGAGGCCAUCGCAGUUAUUUGCCUUAGAUACGUAUAACAUACCUGAUACGUAGGUAUACAUCGUUCGUGUACAUCAUUCUCUCACUAUUUUGCUAAACGCUUUCUUGCUCUAUCUCAAAUCACUUUUGAACUUUUUUAGUAGAGAUUACUACCUUUACAGCUAAAUAUGGCCCCGAAGAGAGCAUACAAAAGAGCCGGCAAUAGACCGACGAAAGGUCAGAAGCCUAAGAGCUUGCUGCCCCUAUUUUGUGUCUCGCUCAUGCUGUGGAUUAUUAUUGCGGUUAUCAGUAUCUACAUUGCUGCGGGUUGCCUUUACGGUAACUCGUUGUACAUCGUUCAAGUUCACAGCAAUGACACGACUCCUGUACAGGUUCAACUAGGAUAUUUUGGUACCUGCGUCUCUACCAAUACCAAUGCCGACGAUGUCCAUUCCAACACCACCAAAACCGCCUGCGUCCAACAUCUUAAAUACGACGACGAUGAGCCCCUAGUAUCACAGUUCGCGGAAGAGAUGAGAGAGGAAAAUGACAACACCGGAGUCCCCGCCAUCGAAGAAUCGCUCAGCAAGAUCCUCCCCGUAGCAGAGCAGUUGCGGCGCAAGGUCUUCCCAGCUGGUGUGCCCAUCAGCUUCAUCAUCAUCUACCUUCUCAGCAUCGUCUCUUUCUGGAUUCUGCUCGCAUCCUCGAACCACAGCAAGACAUACAAAGCCGUCUUUGCCGUUACCGCGCUGCUGAAUUCCUACGGCCUCACCAUUGGCUUCAUUGUGGCUACUACAACGUGGCAAGCAUGCAGGGCGCUGAUCUUUCCCGCCCAGGAUAACACCGGCACGAUUCAAGAAGGCGUGUUUGUCACACAGAAUACCCUGCUACAGAAGCUGCAAUGGGUAGUUGUCGGCGUGUCUGUUGUCCUCCAGCUAUGCAUCGCAGGCCUGUUCGUGCAGCGUCGUGCCUCCGGUGGCGAAGCUUCCCUCAAGCCAUCGAUCAACAUCAAGAACUACAAGCUCUGCUGCUGAUCGGCGAUUCGUGAACACCAACUUCGGCGAUUGAUGGACCGGCUUUCAUUUGUUAUUCCCAUAUCUCUGGUACCCGCCUGCUUGAAUUCCAACAAACUAAAGAGGCUGGAAUCCGGAUAUGCCUUGAAAAGUGCCCUCUUGCAACCCUCUUCGUGGCUUAUUUAAACUUAGGUACCUAAGGUAGUUAUGUAUUUACUUUUAGAUUAAAUUCGAUUGUUGUAAAUAUAAAGCUGUGUGACGAACUUAUACUUAAAUACGUUAAAAUACAAUGCUAGUUAAGUUUUGAUUUUAAGUAAAUAGCAACAAUAUAAGUCAAAGGUAGUGAGGGGAUAAAAUGAUGUUGAUUAGGUUAAGUUAAUAUUAAUGAGCUUAGUUAUUUUCAGUAUAGCUGGCAAUUACGUAAUCCCACG